GCGGCGGAUCACCCGUGAUAGCAGCCUGGCCGAAGUCACCAGCAGAUUUCUCGUAAGAGUCCGCAGGAUCGCCAAUCCCAAGUGGUUCACCCUCGCCGAUCGCUCUCGUUUGCCCGGGAAGCCCGUUAACCUCUGGUUAACCCGUCCGUCGAUUACUCAACUACUUUACUACUAUCGCCGUACGUCGUAGCUUCUCUUGCUAUCGUUAAGCGUUCUACACCACCAGCGUUCUGCAUCAUCACGGACUCAUACACGCGUCUUCGUAUCGGGCUCAGGGUCGCGGCCUCGUCCCACCUCGCCUCGCCUCGCCUCGCUUCGCCUCGCCUCGCCUCGCCUCGUUUCACCUCGCGACUCGCGUCAGUCAACAGCAGCAGCAGCAGCCGCGGCGUACAUAAUUUCUAUUCGUCGCGUCGUCGCCGUUGCGCCUAGUCGCUCUGUCGCUUCUCGCGAUACGCCUUCAUGACGCACGAGCUAAUCGUAGGUCAUAAUGUCAGCGGCACACUCGCGGUGCGCCGCUGCGAUGACACUGUACGCAUCCGAUGAAAUUCGCAGGCAGGGGAUGACAGAUGACAGGAAACAGAUUAGAUCAUAAUAAUACGGCACAAAUAUUAAGUGAAAUAAAUGCAAAAUUACAACCAUUAUGCACGACCAUAAAAUGUAUAAAUUGCGAAGUUACUGGAGAGUUGUAUUGGAUUUUUAUGAGCACGGUGCAAGAUAAAACUGCUAGCUUUGUUUCUCAUUUUUCACAAGCAGAAUUAGCUCUCUUGCGAAAUGUAUAUUCAGAAAUUAUUACUUCUAACAAUGGUUGUGUAUCAAGUACAUUUUGCCUUAAUUUAUGUUCAUCAUUAAAUGCAAAACUGACUAAAACUGAUGCCGAACUAUUUCUACUUGAAAUGGUCGAUAAACAAUGGUUAUGCUGCAAGGAUGGUAAAUAUUACAUGGGAGUAAGAAGCAUAGCAGAAUUAUUGCAAUAUUUUAAAGAUACCUAUGAAGGAAAUCUUCAAAUUUGUACUUUAUGCAAACAGGAACUUUUUUAUGGUGAUAAAUGUAACAAAUGUGAUGCUAUUACACAUGUUCAUUGCCUCAAGAAUUAUGCAAGAAAUCAUAGUAGUUUGGGAUGUCCUAAUUGUCUUUUUUCUACUUCAAGACAGGAUCUUUCUAGUAGGUUUAACACUAGUACCAUGGAUGUUGAAGAUGCCUCACAGACGAGUAUAGAAAUACACGAGAUAGCACAGUCUAGUCAAACCAGACAAUUAAAACGAAAACAUAAGAAUGGGUUGAUGUAAGAUCUUUCGUUUAAUCAAUUAUACGGGAUUGUUUGGAAGAGAUGAAUGCCGCAAAUUAAAUAUUACAUUUAUUUUUAUUUAUAUAAAAUUAAGUUACUAUCUAUAUACAGUAA